CGAGGCCUUAGUCCUCAACGUGGCUGACCAGGGUUUGAAUCUGGCCUGAGGUCCUUUCCGUAUGUCUUCCCCACUCUCUAAAACCUCCUUUACAGUCAGCCUACUUUGAAAAUAUUAACCUCUACUACCACAAAAACCCAGAAAAAAGAAUAAUAAGAUAAUUUUUUUUUUAACGUAGUGCUUAAUUGGGGUUAUCAGGGUACCCUCCAUGUGGUGGGUGGCCAGAGCCACCUUGCUGGGGUCCCUUUCAAUGUGGUACCUUUACACAGUCUCUCCAUUGUGGUGGGAUUGGGUUUAAUGUUCCACAAAAAUGAUAACAACACUGUGCACGACAAUAGAUCAGUGAUUUUGAAAUAUGUUCCUGAAGGGUGCACAAAAAUAACGCGUGUGAUCAUCAUCUGUUGCGCAUACAGUAACACAAUCAAAUCAUUCGCAGGAAAACAUAGCACAGCAGGGUAAUGUUGAUAACCCAUGCCCAUGUCCCUCCUCCUCCUCACACUUUGAUUUGGAUCCAGACCGUGGGAGUAUAAAAAAUAUCACAACACGCAUGGGAGGAUCAAACUCAGACCAGAAUAAUAAAGUACUUAAAGUACUGGAAAAAUUUCAGAUGGAGCAGUGUUCAAGACAGACAGGUUUUCCUGGUGGAUUUAUUCUCUGUGUUUUCAUUUCAUGUUGAACAUUUUGUUUCCUGACAUUUCCAAACAGUUUAAAUGACUCAGCAAAAGAAAGAAACUUGGAGGGGGAAUUUUUUUUUUUGACAAGUUUUGUCCUCUCGGGAUGAAUCAUAAUUUCACUAAAAUCUUAUCCUAGUGUAACCAUGGAAGAAAAAAUAUAAAUAAUGUAACUGUUUAGUUGCAUUUAAACAACUUCUCAUCCCCUGAGAAGCAGUAACCUGCUUUGGCCACUACAGGGCAGAGGAGAGCAGGGUCCCUCGCUUGGAUCUAGGAGACACAGGAGAAUGAUAACAUGACAGAAAUCCCACAUGAAGUAUCAUCUUAUAGCACAUGUAUGUAUGCACAACCUUUAGUUCAUUAAACCUGAGAUGAGUGGCCGUGUAAUGUAAACACCAAAUAGCUGCUGCAUUCACAAGUCCUGAGAUUAAAAAGAGGUUCUCAAGGUGAGAUGGGAUUAAAGAGCUGCAGGACCAAAGCCAGCACACUUUCCACUGAUUCCACGCUUUUCAUAAGAAUCCUACAUACUGGUUGAAGGGUUAAAUGUGUUGUGUAAUUUCAUUUGGCUUUGGCAGAGCUCAAAGCAGCCAGCAAGAAGCCCUGCCUCAGCAGUUUAGCCUGCCCAAUAAAGCAGCAGGCUUCAUACCACUGGGACAGCCUGACGACCGCAGCCAGAGACAAGCCCAUGCCACUCUGUCCAGUAGCUGGAGACAGGGUGGCAGCAUCUGCAUGCACCAACCAAAACCAACAAAAAAAGGAACACACGUUAUGCUUAGGCAACCAAAAAAAAAAAAAAAAGAAACACCCCCACAAAUGAGAUAUGUCUGUCACCUCUGAGUUGUGGGGUGUUGGGCCAUGAUCCAACACCCACUCUCAGGAACACAGGAAAUGACAUUUCCUACGUUUAGCAGGACACAGAGGGGAAAGACAGAGAGAGGUUGACGGAGACAGCUGAAGGGGAGAGCGAGGGAGAGAGUGGGAGUUUCUAAGUGGGAACAGAGCUUUUACUGUUUCAUAUUACAGAGAAAAGAGGAGAAAGAGGAGAGGAGUUAAUGGUGGGUAAGGGCUCUGGUGGGUUGUGCAGCCAGCCUCUGUUUUGAAUGUAGCUGCUCGUGAAAGGGCUGUGCAGUUGUCUGGGUUUAUGGAUUCUCUGGCUGUGGAAAAUGCACUUCUCUAUAGUGGUCCUUGUCCUGACUAAGACUCUGGUCACAGGUAAGUUUACUUUGUUUGCAACAGCAAAGCUCAGCAGGAACGCAAGAAGGGGUUGGGGGGUGAAAUAGAGUAGCAAUCGGUGCACAUAGCCACAUGCAAUACAGAUUCCUUUAUCUUCAGUAUGAAAACGAUAUGUUCAUUAUGUGUGCAAGAGGUGAAACGUGCAUGUGCUUUAACUGUUUUUAUUUUUGUUUGUUUGCACACAUUUAAAGUGAUUAAGUGUCUGGUUUAAACAUGUGCAAGACGUAUGUUUCUCUCAGUUUAUGACAAUAAACUGAAGACAAUCAUAAAGCAUGGUCAAAAAAUGAUGUAGAUUGGAUUGACCCAGUUUUUCUAAAUUAGUAAACACCAAGUGGUGAAAAUGAGCCCCACACAAAGAGGUAAUUCUGAUUCGUUAAAAGGUUUUAGAGUUAAGAAAGCUUUGGUCUCUGUGAUCAAUCUGAAGUUUUGGAUGUUCUGAUCAGCCCUAAAGUUGAUGAGUCAAUUGUUACCAGUAGCUUGAGUUGCAUAUUGUUACUUUUCCAGUAACUUUUUCUGCCUAUGAUGUUUUAUGAUGUAAUUUUGGACAUAACCAGAGGCAGAUUAACAACUGACAUAACAAGAACAACAAAAAAAACAGCAGCAGAUGUUCCCAGUUAUCCUGCCUGCGUGGAUUGGGUUGAACCGUCCAGAGGAUGAACGUUUCUCACCUGUAGCACAUCCUUGCCUGCCUAAUCCCACUUAUUGACUCAUAUUCUGUUUUAGACACACAUGCAUCUGCUUCCGUCAGAGGAAAGCAAAAGUAUGCAUGGAAAAACACAACAGUCGUGCAGAAUCUCUGAUUUUUUUAUUUUUUAUUAUGCUCUUGAGCUGUUCUUUUAGCGGUACAGACAAAAUUCCCAUCUGGUGAUGGAAUGACACAUAUAAGCAGAACCAGUCAUACUUUAUGCUUUUGACAGUAUAAAUCCUAUAAGCCACUGUGGGUGUGGGUACAUGAAAUUAUUUUGUGUAAAUGCUACAAUUAGGUCUAACUGGCAGGAAAUAAAUAGUUGUAAAAAUGAACUCAGACCUUUCCAUGUGGGGCGCAUUUUCUGCUCCAGUAAUUUUGCUAAUUGAAAAAAGCAAGAAAGAGUCACGCAAGCUGAGUCAUUCAGUGACUGUGUGACCCAUCAUGGCAAAAGGGCCUGUUCUGUGGAUCGUCUGUAAUUUAUUGAUAAAUACCUCAAGAAACAAGAUGUGUCUCAUAAAUCUUUAUACAAGAGACACGUAAUGAAAAAUAAUUAACACUUUGAUUCGCAUCUGCUCUUUUAUUUUUGCCUUAAACAUUUUAUUCUUUUGAACUCAACUUUCAGUAAAAUGUCUCCAGGAUUUCUUGAGAUCUUGUAAAGUUUUUUUCUCUGGGUCUUGGGCUUAGCCUCCUGAGUGUUUUUGUUGUCUUUUUCCAUCACUUAAUGACAACUUUAUUCAUUUUUGUACGAAUAAAAAUCUUAAAAGAUACUAUAAAAUAAAAUUCUCAAAUUACACCGUCAGAGGUUUGCUGGAAAACACUAGUGAGCAAACACCGGAAAGGUCAGGGAUAAAGUGGUGGGAGUUGGGAUGUUUUACGCGGGUUAAGGUUUAUAAAACAGCAUCCCGCAGUUAUGAUUGUCUCACAGAGACAAAAUGAAGAGAGUAUGUUACAGCUUCAAACAUCACAAGGCAUGACUGUCCAUGUAAGUUAACAGGCUGGGACAAGCAGAGCAUUCGUCAAAGAUGCGAUAAAAAGAAAAAUCCCAUAGCAGCUGUGGAGGAGCUGCUCUGAUGCAUGGCUCAGGUGAGGGAUCUGUCAGAAGGACAUCUAUCUGUCUUGCCCUCUACAGGACAAUAAGAAAUACGUUGUUGAUAUAUAUAUAUAUAAAAAAGCUCUGCCAAGUCCUGUUUGCUGUUUCUUCUAACUAAUGUAGGGAACACUGAAAACGUGUGGAAGAAAGUUUUCUGGUCAGAUGAGACCAAAAUGGAAAUUUCUGGCCUACAUGCCAAACAGCAGAUCAACUUGAACACAUCAUCCUUGUUGUAACACGCGGUGGUGGCAGCAUCAUCCUGUGGGGAUGCUUUUCUUCAACAGGGACCGGGCGGUCGCUUAGAGUUGAUGGAUGGAGCUAAAUAAAGGUCAACCCUGAAAUAGCUCACCUCCCAGCCGCCUAAACAACCAAAGACAUACAGCCAGAGCUGCAAUGGGUUGAAUUAUGUUAAAUCAUAUUAAUGUGCAGGAAUGGCUCAUGCAAAGUCCAGACUUAUAUCCAACUUAUAUCCAAUCCAAAUGUGUGACCAUACUUCAAAGUGUAUGUUCCCAGACGCUCUCUAUCCAGUCUGUCUGACUUUGGGCUAUCUUACUCAGAGAAAUGGGCAAAAAUGCCAGUCUCGUGAUCCUAAACGCUGGUAGAGACGUAAAAAGACAUGCAGCUGCAGCUGCAACUGCAUCAAAAGCUGCUUCUACAAAGUACUCUCAUCCUGGUGGAUGAAUACAAAGAGGUCUGUCACACCCUGAACGUGACGGUCACCCCUGGGCCUUUGGUCUUAGUCGCAGAGAGAGACAACCUGACGUUGUGCUGUCGUGUGUCUGAAAGGAAGUGGAGCAGCAGUGUCCUCAUUCUUCGCUGGCUCUUCUCUCCUUUGUCCCCUCCAACUCUAAGACCUCCUGUGGUCCCGGCCACUUCUCCCACGGGACUCCCACCCUCCCAGUUUCUGAUUGUGAGGAUAGGCAUAAAGAAAAUAAAGCAGUAUGGGAACUACAGCCGUCGCUUCCCCCAGCCGAAGUUUCGUUUGUUUGAUGAUGCGGCAGGAGAGGCGUAUCGGUUGCUCAUCGCCAAUGUCACCGGCAUGGACCAGGGCUUUUAUAGCUGCAGAGUUCAGGAGAUCCGAAAAUACAGAAACACGUGGAGAGCCUCCUCCAAUGGCACCGGCACCACACAGCUGACAGUGCACUUUACUCCCAAGGAUGGCAGCAGCGAGGGGCUGUGGCUUUUAUUUGCAGAUGUGUAUUUGUGCGCUGUGCUGAUCUGCUCACUGGGCCUGCUGUCCAUCUUCUUGUUCUCUCUCGUCUUAACGGCCCAGUACCUCCACAGGCGACACAGGCUCAAAGCCAGUUAUCUUUUCGUCAAAUGUCCAGAAAGCAGGUCAUCUUUGCGUCGUCUACUCCUCAGCUCUGGAGAGACCGUCACCAGCUCCAGCAGCUGCUCCAGUUCUCCCCCAAGGACACAAAGAAGACAGACAAGACAGCAGGUUGACAGAGGACCAGCAGUGACAGCACCUAAACCAGCUGAAGAGCCACUAUUUCAGCCCCCAGUCAGAGCGCCUGCUGCAGCAAAGAGACCUCAGAAGCCCCGAAGGUUGAAGACUCAGCCAAGAAGAUCUGGCACUUCUCGAGUAUCGCAAGAAGACAGCCUGACGUACGCAGAGCUGGAGCUGGUGCGACCGAAGCAGGAUCCGCCAGCCUCUUCCAGCCCUGACGCCACACCCUCCAGCCCCGACACUGUGUACGCUCAGAUCCUCUUCCAGGAAGAAAAGCUAUAGGCCUGGCAGCUCGGUACCUCCUGGUGAGGGCAGAGGUCCAGUUCUCCACCCCAAACUGAACUAAUCAGCAUCUAAAGGAACGUAUUUAUGAACUAUGAGUACAAUAUUUAGCUUUUUUUUUCUAUGAAAGUUGCCACAUUUGUGGGUACGUAACGGGUUUGGAGUUUAAUUUGUGCAGGGCUUGAACUUUUUUUUUUUUUUUUUUUUGGAGUCCCUUUUCUGUUUGCUGCAUUACCGGCAUGGGAGCCUUUCCCAAUCUAACUGUUAACUAUCAUCCAUAAAAUCAUGUGACUUUGUUGAAAAUAAACUGUUUUUGUUUUUUUUACCACAGCAUCGUGUCACUUUAACAAUUAGCUUUUUAAGCAAAUUCAUUAUUACUGUAUUAAAACUCUAUAUU